AAGCCCUUCUCUCCCACCUCCUCACCCCUUAUUUCUCUCUGAAACACCGUUCGCCGAUGCCGAUUCUCUGUUCUCCAUCCUUCAUCUUCUCGGCUUUGAAAUUAGAAAAGGCAGGAGCCAAGAUGUUUUACUCGCACCAGCUUCUAGCGCAGAAACCUCCUCUCGGCCUGAUAUGGUAAUCGUUUUCUUUUUUUGAUUUCGUUUUUACAGUUGUUCUUGGUUAUGAAUUGGUAAUCUCUGGAACUUACUCUGUUUUUUUUUUUUUUUUCUUGUACUGCUACUUUGAUUUCUCGAUCUUCAAGUUAAUCUCUGAAGCUUUUGUGUUUGAAGGAUGGCAGCCAUAAUGGACGCCAAGAAGGAUUGAAAGAAGUUAAUCAAGUUGAAUAUAAUCA